AUGGACCUCGGAGAAUGUCUGAAGGUGCAUGACCUGGCAUUAAGGGCAGACUAUGAAAUAGCAUCCAAAGAUCAAGAUUUCUUCUUUGAACUUGAUGCAAUGGAUCACCUGCAGUCGUUUAUCGCAGACUGCGACAGAAGAACAGAAGUGGCUAAGAAAAGACUAGCAGAAACCCAAGAAGAGAUCAGUGCUGAAGUUGCAGCUAAAGCUGAAAGGGUUCAUGAAUUGAAUGAAGAAAUCGGGAAACUGCUGGCCAAAGUAGAACAGCUGGGAGCUGACGGGAAUGUGGAAGAAUCUCAAAAAGUAAUGGAUGAGGUGGAAAAGGCCCGAGUAAAGAAGAGAGAAGCGGAAGAAGUAUACAGGAAUUCUAUGCCUGCCUCCAGCUUUCAGCAGCAGAAGCUACGGGUCUGUGAAGUCUGUUCUGCUUAUCUUGGUCUUCAUGAUAAUGACCGAAGACUUGCUGACCACUUUGGAGGAAAACUACACUUAGGGUUUAUUGAAAUAAGAGAGAAGCUUGAGGAACUCAGGAGGGUUGUGGCUGAUAAGCAAAGGUCCAGAUCCCACAGCAAGCAUGCCAAAAGAUCUAGGUCCCGGGAACGUCGCAGGCAUCGGUCUCGCUCAGCCUCCCGGGAACGCAAGAGAAGAACCCGCUCCAAAUCACGUGAGAAGCGCCACCGCCACAGGUCUCGUUCCAACAGCCGCAGCCGGAGCCGCAGCCACCACAGAAGCAGGCAUAGCUCCAGGGAGAGGAGCCGAGAACGCAGCUCCAAAAAAAGAUCCUCGAAAGAAAGAUCGUCCAGAGACAAAGAACGUUCGAGAGAUCGUGAUAGAACAUCACGUGAUAAAGAUAGAAGCCCAAGAGAAAGGUCACCCCGAGAUUUCAAAGAUAAGAAACGUUCUUACGAAAGCGCUAAUGGCCGAUCAGAAGACCCGAGGAGCUCAGAAGAGCGUGAAGCAGGGGAAAUAUAACUGGCUGUAUAUUCACCUGAUCUCUAGCUUCCUAUGGAGUUGCAUACUAUGGUUUAGUUUACAGUUGUUCAAAGGGAUACCAGUGAGAAGUUCCAGACACUGAUCCAACUAGGAUAGAUGUACAGUAUAUAAAAGUGGUUAUAAGCAAGUCAGAAUUAAAUCCCCUCGGUAAAUGAUGCCUAAAGCUGGGUCCUGGACUUCCGCUAAGUUGUAAAACUUUUCAGAAAGAUUUCUCUUUAUUCAGGACAACAGUCUUAUGUACCAAGAUGCAGAUCUCAAUGUUUUUAAUCUCCUUUCCAAUACAUGUUAGUGAACAAAUUAUAUUGUAUUACUUGCCUUGGGUGCUUUUGAACCUUUAUAAAUUCUCCAAUUCUGCUCCAGUCAAAACAGCAGCAUAGAAAGGUUGUAUCUGGGGGGAAUUUUUGGUUUGCUUUUUUUGUAAGAGGGUGGGUGGAUGGAUAUUAACUUUUAAGAUUUUGUUCCCAGAGAUUUUUGUUUGGGAACCUAGGAGUUGAUUACAGUGGGAGCAUUUAGACAGGAAUGUGUGCUGGAGGAAGCUAAAAUGUCUUUUUACAGUGCCUAUUUAGACUUGGAAAUUGAACAACUGUUGCAUUACAUCCUUUUUUUUAUUUCUACUUAAAUUUUGAAAUCAAAGCCAGUCCCAUAUCUGUACCAUUUGAUUGGUAUGUGUUCAAUAUAUUUGUUUUUUUUCC